AUGAAGGGUGGAUACUCAUAUGCUUUCGGGCCCACUGGUGACAGAAAUGAUGAUGUAGAGGAGGAUAUCGCAGCCUUUGACGAAGCAUUGUUUGCCAAUCCUGCAUUAGAUCCUGAUGAGAUAGAGAAUAUUGAUCAAUCUUUCAUAGUGAAUAACGAGAGUCAGAUGCCCAAACAUAACGGCGACAUUCUGGCUUGUCUGUGUUCAGCUAAAGAUGGGGGUUUGCUGGUAGCUACUGAGGACCGAAAUGAGACAGAGGCUUGUGAUACAAAUCAGGAGAUAGAACAACUGACUGAAAAUACACAAGCGUGCAUUCAAGAAUACACGUCUAUCAUGAAAGCUGCCAGAAAGAGAAAGUGUCCUCUCAAUGUUGGUGCUACGGAAGAAGAUGGGAAACAUGUGCACUUGGCAGACACAGAAGGUCAACCUGAAUUAAUGUUAGAACAAAUGGAAGACAAAAUUGAGUUGACAAACAUAUAUCAUCGACCUGGGAUUACGCAAACAUGA